ACCAACUUCAACACUGAGAAACGGGAGUGGAGUCGAGGGAAAGAAGCAACAGAACCCUAGAUUACGACGUCGUUUCGGAACUAGGUAGUAUACUCUCAAUGGAAGCGGAAGAAGACGCCGCGGGAACAAUUAUUGAGGACGACGAUAUCUACGUUAACGGCGGAGAAGCCGGUGAAUCGCAGCGCCACCGCCCAAUCAUCAGUGGCGAGCAGUUGGACAUCGAGGCCUACGCCGCGCUGUACACUGGCCGCACGAAGAUCAGUCGUCUCCUUUUCAUUGCUGAAAAAUGCGGCGUUCCUUCGAUGCAGCUCGAAGCUUUGCGGAUGGCGUAUGACGAGAUUAAGAAGGGGGAAAACACGCAGUUAUUUAGGGAGGUUAUCGGGAAGAUUGAUGGGCGAUUGGGGCCUGAUUACGGGCCGGACAAUGCGUGGGCUGAUGCGGUGGACCGACGGGCAGAGUUAAGGAAGGAGAAGCUCGAGAAUGAACUUAAUGCUUACAGGACAAAUUUGAUCAAAGAGAGCAUUCGGAUGGGAUACAAUGAUUUUGGAGAUUUUUAUUAUGCACAUGGUCAACUUGGCGAGGCAUUUAAGAAUUAUGUCCGUACACGUGACUAUUGCACUACGUCAAAGCAUAUUAUUCAUAUGUGUCUGAAUGCAAUUCUGGUUAGCAUUGAGAUGGGGCAGUUCCAACAUGUUGCAAGUUAUGUUGGCAAGGCUGAGCAGAGCCAAGAUGCCUUGGAUCCUGUUACAAUUGCAAAACUACGUUGUGCUGCUGGAUUGGCUCAUCUGGAAGGCAAAAAAUAUAAGCUUGCUGCUCGAAAGUUCCUGGAAACUGGCCCAGAACUAGGGAACAACUACACAGAAGUAAUUGCACCACAGGAUGUUGCAACCUAUGGUAGCCUUUGUGCACUUGCCAGUUUUGACCGUGCAGAACUGAAGAGCAAAGUCAUUGACAACAUUAACUUCAGGAAUUUCUUGGAAUUGGUACCGGAGAUAAGGGAGCUCAUCAAUGAUUUCUAUACUAGCCACUAUGCUUCUUGUCUGGAAUAUUUGGGAAAUCUCAAGGCGAACUUGUUGCUUGAUAUCCAUUUACAUGAUCAUGUUGAGACUCUGUAUGAGCAAAUACGCAGCAAAGCUCUGAUCCAGUACACUCUCCCAUUUGUCUCAGUUGACCUUCAUAUGAUGGCAAAUGCCUUCAAUACAAGUGUAACAGGCCUGGAGAAAGAGCUUGAAGCUCUGAUUACUAAUGACCAAAUACAGGCUCGAAUCGACUCCCACAACAAAAUCCUUUAUGCUCGUCAUGCUGAUCAGAGGAAUGGCACUUUCCAGCGUGUUUUGCAGACUGGCAGUGAAUUCGACCGGGAAGUGAGAGCCAUGCUUUUGAGAGCAAACCUUAUCAAACAUGAUUACAACCUUAAGGCAUCACGGAAGCAUUAAACUAUACUAUUGGGGGUCCAUAGAACAGGUGAGCAAUUGUGGCGCAGAUCUGGUAUAUCAAUGCUGGGAUGUUUGACAUGCUGUGAAAAUAAAAAUAGCGACAGUGUUUGGUCUUCUGUAGGCCGAUGGGGCCAUGGGCUCUCCAAGCAAGUGAAUCGUGUUUUCUGGGGAUCAUAGAGCUCAUGCAAGUUGAAAUCAGAGAAAUGGCUCAUCCAGAUUGUCAACUUUACGUUGGAGCAUUGAUUUAUUAUUUCGUUAAGUCUUGUUUAUAGUCUGAAAUAACUUCUAAAAGUUUGCUUCCUUCUUCAUGUGCCUACUUACUGUGUUGCUUCCAUGCUUGAUUUUUCUAAAUUUUCCUCUUUAGUGGCACAGUUAUGCCUGGUAAGAAGACAAUGAAUUCAGCUCCUUUUUUCUCUUUAUAGUCUGAUGCUGCCAAGUCUUAUUUCUAA